GUUUGUGCGUUGUGCCAUGGCAUCAAAUUAUCACACACACACAUGUGAUUAAUGUUGAUUCAAAUGUUUCUCAAAUAUUUAAUUCUUGUAAUGAAACCAUUUAUUUUCCCUGAAUUUGUGUAAAAAAUGCGUAUUUCUCUGCGAUGUUAUCUACGUAGUAUACCACAAUGUCGGAUUGUAACGACAAACACUCCUGCCAUACUAUCACGUAUGGUCAAUAUUCGAAUAAUUGACAGACCACCUCACAUAUCGUUGUUCAAUAAUAAUCAAAUAAGUAUCCGAUUUUGUUCAUCAUCAUCAUCAUCGUCAUCAUCAUUGCCAUCGCCUAAUGACAAUGAAAUAAAAGACAAAAACAUUGACACAUUGGUACAGCCUGGACAAGAUCAUUCUACACAGUUUUCCGAUGAAUGGGGUGAUAUUGGUGAAGAGAUAACCGGACGAAAAUUGUUAAAAGAAGAAAUUAUACCCUUAUUGAAUAAAUUUCUUCAAAGGCCAACUGUUAGACAAUUGGCAGCUGAAAAUGGACUCAAACCUAAAUUACUGAUAGAAGCAUUUUCAAGUUUUCGAAAAAAAAUUCUUGAUUCUAAAAUUCUUGAUCCAGAAAUUCAUAUUUUAUUGAGUGAUAUUCUACAAGGUAAAGGACACGUAGAUGAUCUAUUCCCAUCAUUUAUCAAACAUGCUAAAACCAUAUAUCCUCACAUUGAUUGUCUGGAUGAUUUAAAGAAAAUCAGUGACCUUCGUUUGCCGCCAAAUUGGUAUCCAGAAGCACGGACAAUAAAUCGAAAAUUUUAUUUUCAUUGUGGUCCGACUAACAGUGGCAAAACUUAUAGUGCUUUGAAUCGUUUUUUAGAAUCUAAAUCCGGUAUCUACUGUGGUCCACUCAAGAUGCUUGCCGUCGAAGUUUUUCAAAAAGCCAAUAAUGCAGGUGUAGCAUGUGAUCUAAUUACGGGUGAAGAACGUCGAUUUUCCGAUGAAAAUCAGUCACCUUCUGCUCAUGUUUCCUGUACUGUUGAAAUGUCAUCUGUAAAUCAAAUGUACGAAGUAGCAAUCAUUGAUGAAAUUCAAAUGGUUCGUGAUCCUGAACGUGGUUGGGCUUGGACACGUGCUCUUCUUGGGAUUGCUGCAGAAGAGAUUCAUCUUUGUGGUGAAAAAGCUGCCCUUAAUCUUAUCAUCGAAAUUCUAUCAACCACCGGUGAAGUUGUUCAAAUUAAUGAAUAUAAACGUCUUACCGAAUUAAAUGUCGAAGAUAAUGCUCUGGAAUCGUUGGAAAAUGUUCAACCUGGUGAUUGUAUAGUUUGUUUCAGCAAGCGAGACAUUUAUAAUGUUAGCCUUAAGCUAGAAAGAAUGGGUCACAAUGUGGCUACUAUCUAUGGAACAUUACCACCAGCCACCAAGUUAUUGCAAUGUAGUAAAUAUAAUAAUCCAAAUGAUCCAUGCAAUAUACUCGUUGCUACCGAUGCUAUCGGUAUGGGAUUAAAUCUUUCAAUUCGACGAAUUAUUUUCUAUUCGUUGAUCAAACCAACAUUUAAUAGUAAAAAUGAAAAAACAUUGGAUGUUAUACCGGUUAGUCAGGCGUUACAAAUUGCCGGUAGAGCCGGUCGAUACAACACUCAAUACCAUCAAGGCUAUGUUACGACAUACAAACCGGAAGAUCUACCGAUUCUCAAAGAAGUUUUAGCCUCACCGAUUGAAGAUAUUGAAGCUGCUGGCCUACAUCCAACAUUAGAUCAGAUCGAAAUGUUCUCUUUUCUAUUACCAAAUGCGAGCCUAACGAAUUUGUUGGACAUUUUUGUUAGUCUAUGUCAAUUGAAUCCCUAUUAUUUUAUGUGUAAUAUCGAAUCAAUCAAAUUUCUGGCCGGAAUUCUCGAACACAUUUCAUUACCAUUAAGAGCUCGUUAUGUAUUCUGUUGUGCACCGGUUGAUAACAAAUCGAAUUUCGUAUGCGCGAUGUUUCUAAAAUAUGCACGUCAAUAUUCUAAUAAUCAACCAAUGACUGCUAAUUGGUUGUGUCAAACGCUAAAAUUUCCAUUUCGACGACCGAUCAAUAUGGCCGAAUUAGAUCAUUUACUAAGCGUUUAUGAUUGUCUUGAUCUAUAUCUAUGGUUAAGCUAUCGAUUUCCGGAUGUAUUUUUUGAUCAGGAAUCCGUACGUGAUAUACAACGAAAAUUGGAUGAAAUUAUAUUGGAUGGUGUUUUGAAUAUAACGAAAUUACUACGUGCAUCUGGUGGUGGUGGUGGUGAACAUCAUAAAGGUCAACGAAUGUAUAACCCACAAGCUCGAUUCAAACAAAUCAAUAUGUUAUUGUCGAAUAAUGAUAAUUCAUCGACUUCGAAUAAUAAUAACAAUAAUACGUUGAAUUAUAAGAUAUCGUCGAAAAUUCAUCAUCACUAAAAUUAAAACUCUUCCACUCAUAUGCUGUAACUUUUAGUUUGUUUAUUAA